AUGAUCGUGAUUUGUUAUUUUUUACCUUUUCUUUGUAUCGUUGAAGAAGAUUAUGAGGGAUGUAUUGUGAAAACUGGAAAUCGUCCACAAUUAGAAGUUAAUCUGAUUUGUAAUAAAACGAAGACUCGAACAAUUCCCUUAAGUCCGGAAAUUGUAAAAUGGAUUAAAGGAAAUAAAUAUGAGCAAUGUCUUGCCGAAACUCGUAAUCAGCAACGUAUUGAAGUCGAUUUCGCUUGUGAGCAAUUUAGACCUAAACUAAUAUGCGUUUUGAAUUCGGAUUUCCGAGCUAAUAUUGGAAUUGGUAGUCCGUGUAAUCAAUAUAAGUCAUAUGAUAAUUUGGAGACAACAACAAUUGAAGUUGAAAAAACUUUGGAAGAAAAACGGAAAAUUUACCAGCAAUGUAAAAGUAGAAGAAAAUUGAAGAAAUUCAUGAGCUUGGGACUUGGACAAAUGUAUUUUUCGAGCGAUCCUUGUAAAAAGCAUUUGGAUUAA